AUGAAAAAAUUUCUUUCGGUCAUAAAGAACGUGACAGAUCCUGAAAAAAUGGCCAAGUUUGGAGCAUAGAAACUGGAAAACUUUGCUGAUUACUUAGAUCCCAAUAAUGAGAAGUCCUCUCAACAAAUUCCGUUUAUGAUCACCCGAUAAAUGAAAUACGAUCUUAUGGAAUUGGGUUACAAUUAUGAUGACAUCAAAAAAAUGACUCCAACUUAUGCCAGCAAUCUGCUGUCAAAUCAAAUUUAAAAAAAAUAGAAGUGA